ACCCGCUUCUCAACAAAAAAAAUAUCCAACGUGUUCACAUUUAUUGCCUGAAGUUAUUAAAGGUUCUAAAUGUUUAUAAGAAUGAAGAAAUCUCAAGACAGUGGCAGUAAAGUAUCAUUUACCUCAGUUUCCAAUUUUACUAUUCAGUCAAUUCUUGGAAGUGGUUCCGAGGACGCGCACAAGGACAGUUUUCAAUCCAGCUCCAGCGCUGGGCUGCUGCAGAGACAACGCAUGCGCUCAGUGUCUUCAGAAGGAUUCAGCGGUGGAGAGGAUUCUCCAGACUUCUACCUUUCACCCGGAGUAAAGAAACCACGCUAUGAUCUCAACGAGCUCACACUUUCUCGUCUAAGUGACAAAAACAGACUAAUUCUGGGGCAAGAGAUGGUGAAUAGACAUCAACUUUUUCAUGAUUAUAAAGAAGGUGACAAGAGAUACUACAACCAAACAUCACCUGCUAUUUCAGAAGAAAAGGGUCAUACUGACGACGACAAAACCUCCAACUCAUCCAGAAAGAAGUCUCGGACCGUAUUCUCACGGAGUCAGGUUUACCAACUAGAAUCGACGUUUGAUAUGAAACGUUACCUCAGCAGUACAGAACGAGCUAGUCUCGCCUCCAGUCUCCAGUUGACAGAGAUACAGGUGAAAACGUGGUUCCAGAAUCGGAGGAACAAGUGGAAACGUCUGCUUUCUGCGGAGAUAGAGGCGGUGAACAUGGCUCAGGCAUCAUCCGCACAAACUCUGGUUGGGAUGCCGUUCUUCUUCAAAGACAAUUUCCGGCUACGGAUUCCUGUCCCUGGAUCAAUUACUUUCCCUACACCUCUAUGUUAUCCCGGGAGCAACAUGCAAGCUUUACCUUUGUACAAUUUUUAUAAUAAAAUUGAAUAGAAUGAUUGCCAGAUAGCCUUUUGUAGCCUAAUUCAUUAAAUUACAAACUAUUUAUAUUGCCGUUAUUAGGCGGUGCCAUAGGCCUAUUUUAUUACAACCCACCGGAUGAUAAAUAACCUUACCAAAAAUAUCUACAUAUCCUUCCACUGCUUCCCAGUGUUUUUUCUUCUCUAGAUUCUUAGAAAACGUUCUGGAACGAAACAAAAAGGAUUCUAUUGCUUGCUUCAUAUACUGUAUGGUUCCAUAUAGUGUUCUAUAUGGGAUUCCAUAUAGGGUUCUGUAACCAAUUUCAG